GAUUACUCUCUACUGUAAGGAUCUUCCAUCGGGUUUCUGUGUUUUUUUUUUACUGUUCUCGUUCUGGACAUGAACGCAGCAAGGUUAAUUUUAUUCAACGAUUGUAUCAAUCUAUUUCGUACAUAGCGAUACUUGGACAAGCUCGCGGCUUUGAUGACGAGGCACGAUCGCGGAUCGACCGUCGAAAAAUGACAAUCGAAUACGUGCGCAUUUUGUUUGACACGUCCGAAGAUACAUUGUUACAUUGCGGUGAAUAUUCAUGGUUCGCCGUGUUAUAGGAGAAGAUUCCUCGAGCUCGAGGCCACCGGGUUUUUCGAGAACCGCCGCCGUUUGCGAACGGGAUUUAAACGCUCGAUUAUUUCGCGGCAGUACCGCAAGAUGGCGUAAUCCAUACGACGCUGCUUUUGACGUUCGUGUAUGAGUUUUUUUUUUGGUUCCUUCUACUUUGAAAACGGCAGGAAGCAAAAAUUGUUAGUACGGUGCUUAGACCUCGCUAGUCUGACUGAGGAUGUGGUGGAAAGAGUUAAGUAAGACAGGAAAGAAUCAACUGAAACGGAUCACGGUUUCGAGUACAUAGUACGCGAGACGCACGAGGUCCCGCGAUUGGCCAGUUUAUGAGACGACGAUGGCUCCGUGAGGAGAGAACAUGGCUGCGACGCAAGCCGAGAGCCAACAAAACGAUGUGAAGCUGAACGAGUCCGUGAAAUGUGCACAGAAACGUCCGCAAGUCGGUGGGAAUAGUGCUAGUGUUAAUACGAAACAGCAGCUGGAUCCAGAGCCGGGUGAUAAAGUGCCCCGGGGCGCGGCCCAGCUGCUUAAAUAUGUGAAUCGCGGCGGGGACACGGGUUUCGAGAUGAGUCAAUACCGCGAGGACAUUGGUGGACACACUGCCGGUGAAGUAAAAUCGCCGAGAGAGGCUGGACAGGCUCCGCAGGAGUCUAUCGGAAAGCAGGAGCCUCUCGACGCGCCCGGGCACCCGAACCAUCCCGGACAUCCGUUCACGUCGAACGUUAUACGCGACUACCCGGAGGAGUAUACCAACAAAUCGAACGAGUUUCCCUCCAAGUCGUUGACCGAUUAUUCGGGCAAGCAGGUACCGGAAUACGUGGGAAAACAUGCAGACUUUCCGGGGAAACAGUUGGACUAUCAUGGUAAACACUUAAUACAUGAAAGUGAGAGAGUUCAUCGGGCAGAAAUGGAAGAACAUUAUGCAGCUUCCAAGAUCGAAUCGCGUGUGGCAUACGUGGGUGCUACGCCUAGCAGUUUCCCGGGACAACCUAGGUUUCUGUCGGGCCAGAGCAUAUCCCAGGCUACGGGUCCUACUCCCACGUUGAAUCAGUUACUGCAGGCAUCCACGCCGGUGCACCGAUUUCAUGGGAACUAUCCAGGAAUGGGGCCAGAGCCUUAUCAACAACCUUGGCCCAUUCAGCGGCCACCGGUCGUCCCUCCGGUUUAUCCGCAACCUGGUCAGAGGCCUCCGCAGACGGGGUCGCCAAGAUUACACGCAGGGCCUGGAGGACCGAGUUCUCCGACUCCUAUGCCAUAUCAACAAUAUACGCAACGUUAUUCUUCUCCUGCGAGACCUCACGCACCGUACAGUCAUCAUCAGCUAAACUCAUACAGUGCACAAACCAGCCAUCCUUCCAGUCUGUACACGGAACAAAGGGGUUGGAACCAAGGUGGACCACCGAAUCCACCACCGCCUCCGGCCAAUCAAGUCAAUCCUUCCAGUCAGUCACCGCAACGUGCUCUUUCGCAAUCUCCGGCACCACCACCCUCUGCAUCUCCACAGCCACAGUCGACUAGCCAAUCUCAAAGUUUUCACAACUUACAGCAACGAUCAACAACACCAAAUACUCAAGGAAUAGAUUCAGGGGAAUUAUCUGGACAGAACAGUAACGAUAGUUCGAAUGGACCUGCCUGUCCAGGAACACCAAACUCACAGGGGAUGAGACCAACCCCUUCCCCGACAGGAUCUACAGGUUCUCGCUCGAUGUCCCCUGCUGUCGGCCAACAAAACGUUCAGAUGCCUCCACGUCCGUCGAGCAGCCAGUCGGAUGGUAGUGGACCAGCACGAAUGAGUCAUUCUCCUAUGACAACUCAAGGAGCAUACCAGCAGCCGUUGGGUCCUUCGCCACACAUGCACAGCUAUAAGAUGAACAACACCGGUCCCGGUGUUGUUCAACCAGGAUCUGGUUCGGCUAGCCUCGGCGGGAUAAAUCCGAUGGGUGGUGGUAUGGGAUACGCAGCUGGUGGAGCGGCUGCGGGUCAGCCUGGGGGUUAUCACGGGCAGGGUACCUAUCCACCUCCGCGCCCGCACGUGCAAUUCUCGCAAGGCUAUCCGUCGCCAGCCAAUUCGCAACCACCGCCUAACAAUCAAUAUCAGGCUCCUAACAGACCCAACAAUUUGGUGCAAUAUCCUCCGUACACGCAUAAAAUGGGAUUCAACAGCGUACCACCGGGAAUGCCACCUAGUCCGGGACCGCCUCAAGUUUACGGAGGUAGUAGUACAGCAGGUAUGGUGCCACCAGGUACCCCUGGAGUGACUGUGAUCGGUAAUAUGGGCCCGCCGGCGAGUUCCAUGGGUCCACCACCACCAUCGCCUAAUCAUGUCAGCAACCAGCCGCCGCCGACUAGCUCGGCUGUGCCGCAUUUGCACACUCCCGCAGCCACGCCACCCCUCAAUCACGAGGGAAGCCCGAUGCCUCCGCCAAGUACCACUCCCAAUUCACAUCCCGCUUCGACACCGACACCGACCAGCCAUAGUUCUGCAGAUCUUACCACAGAAACCUCUAACGACAGUGGCAUAACCACUACUGCUUCAGGCACGUCAGCUAUAAACGUCACCUCUACUUCGAGCGGCACCGUGACAUCCGUGAUAACCACCGGUCCCGACGGCACGUCUCUAGACGAAGGAUCUCAACAGUCCACGUUGUCGAACGCGUCAGCUGCUUCUGGAGAAGAUCCGGCGUGUCCACCGAGGCCGAGGAAAGACAUGAUCGGAUAUCACAGCCAUCCAACGACACCGCAGAGCACGGUCCCGUCGCCGGGCGCCGCGAGUAUUAAUUCGAUACACGAAGAAUACCCGGACAUGAACAGUCCCGGUUGGCCACGUACUCCCGCUAGUCCUGUAUUUAACAGUCAUGUGCCUCAAGACCCAUACAGAUCUAAGAAACCAGACAGCUUAGCAAAGCUGUACGAGAUGGACGAUUCGAUGGAACGGAGAACAUGGCUGGACAAAUUAGUUAACUUUAUGGAAGAACGAAGAUCACCAAUUACCAGCUGUCCUACCAUCUCCAAGAACCCCCUCGACUUAUUUCGGCUAUACCUCUACGUGAAGGAGAGGGGGGGCUUCAUGGAGGUAUGCAAGGUGACGAAGAACAAAACGUGGAAAGAUAUAGCCGGAUUAUUGGGCAUCGGUGCGAGCAGCAGCGCGGCGUACACGCUGCGGAAACAUUACACGAAACACUUGUUGGCGUACGAAUGUCACUUUGACCGCGGCGGCGUGGAUCCUCAGCCGAUCAUAAAUCAAGUCGAAGCUGGCUCGAAGAAGAAAGCGUCGAAAGCGACUGCCUCCGUGCCCUCGCCGGGGUCUUCCAAUUCGCAAGAUUCCUUUCCUGCCGCUGGAUCGAGCAAUGCUUCUAUGGACGGUUACGGAAGCUAUCAGAGUGGAUACACCGGCGGCACGCCUGGAGGACCGUCGUCGGAAUAUACACCUCCUCCUCCGAGACCGCCCAGUCAGAGCAACGCGUCUUCUCCGCACCAAGGUGGUUUGAACCAGGGCGGGCAGAAUGUCACGAAUCCGUUCGACGACGGCGUGGGACGCCUUUUUCGCAAGUCGAACGCAACGCCCCACCCUGGUCCGCUACGAGGUCCAGGAAUGCAACAAGGCAGUUACCAAAACACAGGUUCCUACCAAAACUACCCUCAGGAUCAGUACAUCCGGCCGCAAGGUAGCACGCUGUCCCAGCAAGGGGAGUUCAACCAGCCCUAUUCGCCGAGGUCCCAUUACUCACCUUACGUACCAGACGUUGACAGAGGAUAUCCUGGGGGGAACAUGCCGCCGAGUAAUGCCAGCGGACAGGACAUGUACAAUAGAUACAGCAGUAGUCAGCAGCCUGCUAGUUACCCCACGGGGACACCGCCCAACGCGAGAAGUAACAGCUAUCCAUCUGCGCCGCAGGCGCAUCCUGCCGCGGUACCGCAGCAGACGGCGACCAGUCAACCCUCUUCGCCCUCGCAGCCUACCGCUGCUUCGUCCUAUUCGUGUCCUCAAGAUUACUAUCGACAGGAACAGGGCGGAUACGGGGCUCCCGGUGGAACACCGCUGUACGCGGCUGGCACGAACGCAAAUAAGAACAUGCCGCCGCCGCCGCCAGGUCCUAACCCGCCAAGGCGUCACCCAGAUUUUGCCAAAGACCAACAGUAUCCUCAGUACAACCAGCAACGACCAGCGUAUCCGGGAUGGCCGAAUACGAGUAAUCAGUACAACAGCAGUAGUGGAAAUAAUAGGGUUCAGUAUCCGACUCAACAGCCGCCAGCCCCGACGCCGCAGCAGCAACCGCAGCCGCCACCGCCGACACCACCGUCUGUCACCUCUGCACCUUCGCCAGGACUUCCUAGCAGUCAACAGUGGGGUAGUCAACAACCAAAUAGAACCACGCCCCAGCCGACGCUAAACGCUAUAGCUCAUGCUCCUCCACCUUGGGAUCAUCGUUACUCGAAUCAACCGUCCCCUCUGUAUCCUGCACCCGGAAAUCAUCAGACACAGCUAGGCAUAAACCCUAUGAUCAGCCAGCAGCCCACGUCGAAAAGAGAAAUGACAUUCCCUCCCGACAGCGUCGAAGCGGUGACUCCGCUUCUCUAUAAACGGCGGAAACUGACACGUGCCGACGUAGCACCGGUGGAGGCUUGGCGGAUCAUGAUGGCCCUGAGAUCAGGCCUGUUGGCCGAAAGCUGUUGGGCGCUCGACGUACUAAAUAUUUUGUUAUUCGACGAUUCUUCUGUAAGUUAUUUCGGGUUGACACACUUGCCCGGGCUGUUGGAUGUUCUGCUGGAACAUUUUUCGCGUUCUUUGUCCGAUAUGUUCGAGCCACCAGCGAACGAGGAGGACCGAUGGAACCAAUCGGCGGACGGCCCGGAGGUAGACCUCGGCGCUGUGACGCGCCCCAUCGAUCCCGAGGAUCGAACGAAGUUGCUCUCGUCCUCGAAUUACACAUUCCUGUCGAGGCGGGGCCGCCCGGUAAAAAUCGUUCCCAGGGACGACGACAUAUUCGUUUUGGAUUCGAGAAGAACUUGGGAUCACCACCAAGAGUGCGAGUCGGAGACGGAGCCCUGGCAGGUGGACGCCAACACUACCAAGUACAUAGUGACGUGUUUUCAAUCUGAGAUCGGUUCGGUACCGUUCGCGCGUCUCCUACGGGACGAAAAGCCGCCUCUGCUGCAAAAGGAGGUGGAGUGUACGGACUCGAAAGACGAAACCAAAGCGGAUCCUGGUACGCUCGACGCGUCGGCCGGUUGCGGGCCCAAGACGAACGAGCCCGAAGAGAAGCCGAAGGAGACGAGCGAGAAGAAGCAGUUGGACAAGAAGAAGAAGACGAAAACGUUGAGCGACGUUCUGUCGAGGAUUAAGAAGGAACCAGAGGAGAUGAACGAUCUUACGAGGGAGCUGUUCGAGAAGAAGAACGACGGGAUCAAGAAGGAGUGCGACGCCGAGCCACCGAAGGUGAUGAACAGCAACGUGGGCGGCGAGCAGUUCGCGGACGAAUCCCGGCAGAGGACCGAGGAUGAGCAGCCCCUCGUACCGACGCAGAACGGUCUGAACGACGCGACGAGUAACGCCGAGACUGCGGCGACGGUGAAGAUGGUGGUGCAGGUGAAGGUCGAGAUCGAGGAGCAGGAGUCGGUAGCGAAGGACGACGAUAACAAGGAGGGACCAAGUUUAAGCAUUAAAGAUCCGGCGGGCACGCUGAAGAGGAGGCGGAUAAGCGACUACGAGGACGAGAGUUACUCGAGAGACGAAGCGAGCUUGUACCUCGUUACCGAGACUCAGGACAACCUUGCCCGACGUUGCGUCUGUUUGUCGACAAUUCUAAGGAAUCUCACGUUCAUCCCGGGUAACGAGGCCGAGUUUGCCAAGAACGUCACUUUCUUGAGCCUCCUCGGCAAGUUGCUGUUGCUGCACCACGAGCACCCGGUCAGGACGCAGAAGACGCGGAACUACGAUCGCGAGGAGGACGCGGAUUUCGCGGACUCGUGCAGCAGCCUGCAAGGCGAGAGCGAAUGGUGGUGGGACUUUCUGCAUCACAUCAGAGAAAACGUGCUCGUCAUGGCGGCGAACAUCGCCGGUCACAUGGAUCUGAGUCAACACCCGGAGGAGAUAUCCCGGCCGGUGCUGGACGGCCUCCUGCAUUGGGCGGUCUGUCCCGCCGCUCACGGCCAGGACCCGUUCCCGACGGUCAGCCCGAAUUCUUCCCUCUCGCCGCAGCGACUGGCGCUCGAAGCUCUGUGCAAACUCUGCGUGACGGAGUGCAACGUGGACCUGGUGGUCGCCACGCCGCCGUACUCGAGACUCCAGAGACUGUGCUCGGUGCUGACCAGGCUACUGUGCCGUAGCGAGGAACAGGUGUUGCGCGAGUUCGGCGUCAAUCUGCUCCAUUUCCUCUCCGCGGCGGACAGCGGCGUGGCGCGAACGAUCGCCCUGCAGACGCCAUGCGUCGCGUUACUCGUGGCGUUCAUCGAGCAGGCUGAGUCGUCGGCGCUAGGCGUUGCGAAUCAACACGGAUUGGCCGCGUUGCGCGACAAUCCCGAGUCGAUGGGCACCAGCUUGGACAUGCUGCGUCGCGCGGCCGGCACGUUGCUGAACCUCGCCAGGCAUCCUGACAACAGAACUCUGCUGUUACAGCACGAAUCACGGUUACUAGCCUUGGUGAUGAGCCAGAUCCUGGAUCAACAAGUGGCCGCGAUCGUUGCGCGUGUAUUGUUCCAGUGUUCCAGGGGCACGUAACUUUGUUUUAUCGCGACGCACGGACGGAAUACGAUUGUUCAGUUUCUUUUGCCCCUGCUCGAUCCGCGGGUGUUUGUUUCUUUCUCGCCCCUUUGUGCAACAUGAAGAGGGGGAUGUUAUUACGAUCAGUUAUUCGUUUUCGAACAAGGGACACUGCGGGAAGGACAGCUUGUGAGAAUGAAGCUGCCGCUGCCGCCGCCGCUGCCGCUGCCGCUGCUGUUGCCGCUGCUGCUGCUGCUGCUGCUGCUGUUGCUAUUCAUGUAAGGAAUACUGGAGCGGGCGCGUGAGAGAGAGAGAGAGAGAGAGAGAGAGAGGAAGAAUGAGCGGAGAAAAUGUUAGGAAGGUAGUUAACGAUAAAUGAAUGAUCGAGAAAGAUUAUUAAUAGAGAGAACGGCGACGGGAGAGAGAGAGAGAGAGAUAGAGAAAGGAUUAUGGAAAACGCGGGAUUCAGAGAGUGUGUAGAGAGAAGAACAAAGUGUCGAUAUAAUGUAACGCCGCGUGGCUAACGCGGUUGUAGUUUUAUAUCGAAUUAACAAAAUGAUAAAAAAAAACAAAGCAGAGAAGUAAGAAAGUUAAUUAUCGGUGUUAGCGAGUUGAGGUAUACUGCGACGCGAGCACCGAAUGAAACCACGCGUCUAGUAUACCUUUACUGAUUCGUGAAUUGGAAAUAAUAUCGAUAGUGUAAGAUAUAUUUCAUAGUUAAUGAAGCGGAGGGGGAGUAAUGAGAAAAAGAGAACACGGACGACUGCGAACUGUGGACGGUGUGAAAACAAGUGGUAGAGAGAACGCGAAGAAACUCGGGAAAAUUCGUGAAGAUAUUAGACGGGGUUAUUGUAGUGAUAGACGGGGGAAGACAGGGAGGGAAUAAAGAUUAAAAACGAACGAAUAAAUAAUGAUAACGGUGAUGAUGAUGAUGAUGAUGAUGAUGAUGAUGAGACAAUGACGAAGAGGAGAUAAUAGUGGGAGACGGUGAGAGAUCGAUGAGACAAACGUUUUAGCAGCAUAAUAAUAUAUAGAAGAGAACGAGUACCGAAAUAAAGAUUAAUGGGGAAGUAAUGAAUGACGAUUGAAGCAAAACUAAAUGAAAAAUGAAAUCCUGUUUUGACGAACCUAAAAAUGGUGCGAUGUGGAACGAUAAUAUCGGGUGACGAUUAUAUAUAUAAAUAUUAACGAUAAUGUAAUGCAAAUUUUUAUAUUUGCAUGUUUUGUGCUGUAAUUAGCGAGUAAUUAAGAUAUUUUGUAGAUAACACACACUUCCAUUGAAUCUUAUUCGAACCGCGCCGCGCCGUGUGUACAAGGGUGAGAGAAACGAUGAGAGAGAUUUUAAAAGAAAAUGAAAAAAGCGUAAAGGGAUUUAAAAAUGAAACGAUGAUACAACGCGGCGCGAACGGCCACGGUGGUCUCCCUUUGCAAACAGACAACAAAAAAAAAAAGAAUAAUGUACGGGGAUGAGAGAGAAGCAGGCCACCGAGAGUCUCGACUUUAGAAGCACAGGCAGAAACUAGAACUGAAGAAAGACAUUGAUAGAAGAGAGCGUGAGAGGGAGAAAUCAGAGCGAGUGAGACAGUUUAACGAGCGAACGCGACGCGUGAAAGGACGAAUGAGAGUGGAAUGGAUGACGGAAGAGAGAAGAAACGGACACAGAAAAGGGGAAGUGUCGAGGACAAUUGAAAAAUAGCGUGAUCCCUUCGGUGUUCAGCGGCGAGCGAGGGAGAGAGGACGUGAAUGGGGUUGCGUGAAUGAACGUGAGAGGACCUGUGCGAAUGCCUCUGCGAAUGAACGGGUGAAGUAGAGACGAACAAAAGGACAGAGCGGAAACAAAAAGCGGAGAGAACGAGUCGGAAGGAAGAGAGGGAGAGAUACAGGUGAGGAGACAAUUUCAAGUUUGAUUCGUCUUUUAAACGCACGUGUGCGUGUCGCGUGUGUCAGGGUGAGAAAGAGAGGAACGGGCGCGCGUUCAUUUGGUACAUAGCGCGCGCUUCCGGUCCCCGCGUGCGCGUCGAGAGAAUUUCUUUUUGUCGCGUGUUGUACAAUGACUGUAUGAACGAUAAUCGAAUGCAUCGAUCGUAUGCACGAAGGAUGGGGGUGUUGGUAGAAAACGGGGUGGGGAAUAGUGUCUGUCAAAGAAAAUGUAGAAGGAAAACAACGCUAUAUCCAUGCAUACACAAACACAGACACAGACACACAUGCGUACACGUAAAAUACAUGGUAAUAAUGUAAUAUAUGAGCUUACCAGAAAAAGGGAACGGUGAAAGGUCGAGAGCGAAGUAUGCGAGCGAUGGACGAGUGGCAGCUUUAAACACGCGUACCUCAUCACGACAAACAGCGAUCACGCUUCGGUGGAAAAUUAUCGGAAUAGUAUCUCGUGCAUUUUUAUUUUUCCUUUUGGGGUGGACUUCAGUUUAUUUACUUACUAUUAUUUCUUAACUUGUAAUUCAUUUACUAGUUCAUUUUUCCUUUCUUUGCGACUUCUUCUCGCACCGGAGAAGAAUCCUUUGGAUUAGCCGUAGCAGUAGUAGUAAUAGUAAUAUAUGUACGCAAUUGUUUUCGUAUACGUUCGACACCGUUGUGAUCAAAUUUGUGGAGAGCGAUUUCGAAACGAUGAAAUGGAUUGUGCGAGCGAAAGAGAGCGAGAGAGAGAGAGAGACACACACACACAGAGAGGCGACGAGUCCUGUAACGUAAUCGAUGGUAAGAACACAGAACGUUCGGAUGAUAGCUCUCGAUCGUGGCGUUCAAGCGAUUCUGAUGAAACGUAUUUAUAAUCGCGAAGCUCUUACGCUUACCAAAAGCGCGUAUGUUAUCGUAAACGAGAACGAAAAGCUACUAACAAGUACUAUUCCCCCAGUUGUUAGCUUUUUGCACAUAUUUCGACGGUUUUUGCAUAUACAUUUAUCUAAUGUAACUGAAAAAGAAGAAUUACGGGAAAACGGAACCGCUGUCAUUCGAUCAAUGUUCAUCGAGGAGAUGAAAAAGAAACAAAGAAACGAGCCGACAAUUGAAUAUUCUCGACUUGGUCGUCGCACACCUUCCACCACGCCGGUACUUCCUUUUCUCAUUUCGUAGAAACGGAUUUCACACGAACACGAGACACGAGAGGCAAACGCAGUGUUUCGGUUUCGCUCAUUAAUCGUCGCACGUGGGAGAACGAAAAACGCGGUGUUUCGGUUUCGCUCUUGAAUGGGUAGCACGUGACAAAAGAGAACGAUCGGAUUGUACUUUGCUCGACGGAUAGAAGGGGAAAACUGAGUAAAACGAUCGAGUAACAUAGAAGACGAGACGAAUAAGUUAUGAAGAAGGAAAAGGAAAACAGAACACUUUCCCUGAUCCCAGCUUCUCCCUGGCCCCAAUGUAUCCUACUCUAUAGAUAUCUAAAUACGUGUAGCUCUUAAAUUAUUUACUUUAGUUCGAGUGGAGAUGCCUGUAAGUGUAAUUUACUAAGACUUUUUGUAAAUAAAUUAUGAAAUAAACUAGACGUACUUUAUCCAAAUGACUAUAAUAUGUAGAUAAUGUCUGACUCUCCGGAUUGAAACGCGAUUUAAAUGGGUAGCCGAUCGAUGAGAGAGAGAGCGAGAGAGAGAGAGAGAGAGAGAGAGAGAAAGCGAGCGAGAGAGAGAGAGAGAGAGAGAGAGAGUAUGGAAAAAAGUAUAUAAUUAUGUAUAUGAAUAUUUUAAAUCUCGCGACGACGGACGCUGCUGAUAGAAAAAAACAAAAUUUCUAUAACUAUACGAAACGUUGAAGUAUGAGACACGAGAAACCAUUGUACUUGUAGGAGAAAUGAUAAUGUUGCUUCUAGAUAUAGGUUUUCAAUAUAAACAAACAAGGAACUAUA